AUGAUUUAUUUUGAAGCAAACGUUACCACAACUAUACCCAAUCCGUCAUAUUCCAUGAAUUCUAAUAAUAAGUACCCAAAGAGUAAUAGUAUAGCAGGCCUACCUACGAACAGUCAUUCUGGAAUGGAUUACCCACAGCCAGAAUAUACGCAAAAUCAAAUACAACAACAACAUCAAGCAUUACCACACCAGCAAUUGCCACAUCAACAAUCACACCAGCACUUGCCACACCAACAAUCAAACCAACAUUCACAUCAACAACCACACCAACAAUACCGUCAACAAGGUGAGUACAAUUCGAAAUUUACUCCGCAAGAUAUUCAGGUGUUGAAGCAAUUGUUGAUUACGGGUGAAAAACACAAGUGGAAGCAGAUCACGAAGGAGAUCAAUUACCAGGCUGCGAGCAGAAAAAACAUGGUCAGUGACCAAGGUGGAUUUGGGUGCUCGAGCGACGAUAGUAGCACCUCGAACAGCUACGGAGGAGGCACGAGCCCCGGGAAAUUAAAGAAUGUAUCGCCUACGUUCGUCAUUAAGCAAUACCAGGCGUUGCUAGGCUUGCCCAAUAACUCUAUGUACUUUGGUCUCGCUGGUUCGUCAUUACCGUACGUUGCAGGAUCCAAUGGUUGGGAUGACAUACCAAACGUGUCCGGAAUGUAUGGUAGCAUAUCCGACACCCAGAACGACGUUGAAUGA